AUGCGCUGUAGCAUGCUAUUAGGUUGGGGUCAUUAACACUUUAGUGUCUGCUGUGAGCGGGCUCGGUGAGCAUGUCGGCUUGGAUCGGUGUGUGUAUGCGCGGUGCUAGGCUGUGGCGGCCGCUUCUAUAUAGAGGUUACCGAACUGAGCGUGGCGUGUAUGGAUAUAGACCGAAGAAGAGCGACCCCAAUGGCAGCCGAGUGCCUGGACCGCUCAGCGAGACAGCUUCUGGCACUGCAGUAGAUCAUGGUCUUGCACGACUUGUUACGGCUUAUCGUGAGCAUGGUCACAAAGCUGCCAAAAUCAACCCACUCUUUGCUGGUCAGGCAGUUAUGGAUAUGGUACCAGAAAUACAAGUGAUUACUAAAGUCCUUCAUGGACCCUUUCGCACAGCAGGGGUACUAAAUAUGGGAAAAGAAGAAGCAACACUGGAAGAGAUCUUGGAAUAUCUGAACAACACUUACUGUGGUCAACUUUCCAUUGAAACAAGCCAGUUGCAGCACUUAGAAGAAAGGGAAUGGUUCUCUAAAAGAUUUGAAGAGUUGAAAAGGGAAAACCUUUCCACAGAAGAGAGGAAGCACUUGGCCAGAUUGAUGCUGGAAUGUCAGGAAUUUGACCAUUUUCUGGCAACCAAGUUCUCCACUGUAAAGCGCUAUGGAGGAGAGGGAGCAGAAAGCAUGAUGGGAUUCUUCCAUGAGCUGUUUAAGGUCUGUUCCUUCAGUGGGGUGACUGAUGUUGUUCUAGGAAUGCCUCACAGAGGGAGGCUUAAUCUUCUAACAGGACUUCUCCAUUUCCCACCAGAGCUGAUGUUUCGCAAGAUGCGUGGUUUAAGCGAGUUCCCAGAAAAUUCUCCAGCUAUUGGGGAUGUUCUUUCCCACUUGACUUCCUCUGUGGAUUUGGAUUUUGGUUCUGACAAGCCUCUCCAUGUUACAUUGUUACCAAACCCUUCACAUUUGGAAGCCAUAAACCCAGUAGCCGUUGGUAAAACUCGGGGAAGACAGCAGUCUUUGUCUGAUGGAGAUUAUUCUACUGAUAGUCUUGCACAACCUGGGGACAAAGUUAUAUGCCUUCAGGUACAUGGAGAUGCUUCAUUUUCUGGUCAAGGCAUUGUCCCUGAAACUUUUACACUUUCAAAUCUACCUCACUAUCGAAUAGGUGGCAGUAUCCAUCUGAUUGUAAAUAACCAGGUUGGUUAUACUACUCCUUCAGAUCGUGGCAGAUCUUCUUUGUAUACUAGUGAUGUGGGUAAACUAGUUGACUGUGCUGUAGUUCAUGUGAAUGGAGAUGUUCCAGAAGAAGUCCUCAAAGCAACAAGAUUAGCAGUUGAAUAUCAGAGGCUUUUUAGAAAGGAUGUGAUUAUAGAUUUGUUGUGUUAUCGGCAGUGGGGCCAUAAUGAACUGGAUGAGCCCUUCUUUACUAAUCCUGAAAUGUACAAAAUUAUCCGGUCACGAAAGAGUAUACCGGACGUAUAUUCAGAGCGUUUAAUAUCUGAAGGGUUAUUGGCGGAAGAUGAAAUCUCGGACAUCAAGACGUCUUAUUAUGCAAAGCUGAAUGAUCAUCUUGCCAAUAUGACUCUUUACACUCCUCCCCCGAUCAACCUUCAAGAUCACUGGAGUGAAAUGGUAGAACCAAGUGCACGCAUCACAACGUGGGACACCGGUGUUCCUGCUGACCUGCUUAAAUUUAUCGGAGCCAAAUCUGUGGAGGUUCCUGAGGAGUUUCAACUGCACAGCCAUCUGCUCAAGAUGCAUGCACAGUCUAGAAUACAGAAGUUGCAGGAAGGAACAAAGGUGGAUUGGGGUACAGCUGAAGCUUUGGCUUUUGGGUCGUUACUUUGCCAAGGGCUUAAUAUUCGAAUAAGUGGACAAGAUGUAGGACGUGGAACCUUCAGUCAAAGACAUGCCAUGGUGGUUUGUCAAGAGACUAAUGACACCUACAUUCCUUUAAAUCACAUAACACCUGACCAGAAAGGCUUUUUGGAGGUAAGCAAUAGUGCCCUGUCAGAGGAAGCUGUCCUUGGAUUUGAAUAUGGCAUGAGUAUAGAAAGCCCUAAGUUACUGCCAAUUUGGGAGGCGCAGUUUGGAGAUUUCUUCAAUGGUGCCCAGAUUAUAUUUGACACUUUUAUUUCUGGAGGUGAGGCUAAGUGGCUGCUACAGAGUGGAAUUGUGAUUUUACUUCCUCAUGGCUAUGACGGUGCUGGUCCAGAGCACUCCUCCUGUCGCAUUGAACGCUUUCUGCAGAUGUGUGACAGUACAGAAGAAGGUGUGGAUGGAGAUAAUGUUAAUAUGUUUGUUGUUCACCCAACAACUCCAGCACAGUAUUUUCACUUACUACGUAGGCAAAUGGUUCGGAAUUUCAGAAAACCUCUGAUUGUGGCCUCUCCAAAAAUGCUGCUUCGAUAUCCGGCUGCUGUGUCAAGUUUUGAUGAAUUGGCACCUGGAAAGACAUUUAAACCUGUUCUUGGGGAGGCUGUUGCAGAUCCUAAAAGUGUAAGCACAGUGAUCCUUUGUUCUGGGAAACAUUACUAUUCUUUGGCUAAACAGAAAGAGGCACUUGGAGAGCAGGGACACAAAUUCUCUAUUAUUCGCAUUGAAGAAUUGUGUCCAUUUCCAUUAGAAGGGCUCCAGCAAGAGUUGAGCAAAUAUCCAAAAGCCAAAGAUUUUGUUUGGAGCCAAGAAGAACCACAAAAUAUGGGUCCAUGGACUUUUAUUGCUCCAAGAUUUGAAAAGCAGUUGGGUUGUAAGCUGCGUCUUAUCAGCAGACCUGCUCUUCCUGCUCCUGCAGUAGGUAUUGGGACUCUGCAUAAACAACAACAAGAAGAUAUCAUCAAACAGACAUUUGCAUAGCUGGACUAACUAUGGACAUAUCUGGACAUCGGCCAUUGGAUAAAGCAAUCUUUUCUAUAAAAAAAAAUCUUUAUCAUGGGGAUCAAAACACCAACAUGUUACAUUUUACAUUGCAACUGUAUAACUUCUUGGCAAAAUAUCAUAAUUUAAAAAGUCCACAAGUGAUUUUUUUUUUUUUUUUUUUUUUAACUGAGAUCAAAGCAGGCAACAAACAUCAGUGAUAUGUGUUCAAAAAGCUGCUGCUUCUUCAUUGUCCAGUCAGCAGGCUGGGAGUAUGUUCCUGACCGAAUGAUUGUGCUUUCACAUUGGAGGUAGAGAAUGUGGCCAUGCUGUAUAGCAGGCUUGUUUAGAUCAAAAACCGACUGUUACCGUGUUUGUGGGUGUGUUUGUAUCUCUCUAUCUCUAUCUCUCUAUUUAUCUAUAGUGUGUAAUGUAUUUCAACUGUGAAUUGGAUGUUUACCUGGAGUUAAGCUUAAAAUCAUCUUAUAGCCGCUAAUGCCAAACUUAAUUCCAAUCACAGAUGAUUCGAAUAUAUAAAGGAUGACAUUUGAUUGUAGGACGCCUGUCUAUGUCAGCUGGACUGUUUACACGUGCCUAAUUGGAGUACUAAAUAAAAAAUUUAGGGGGCAGUA